AUGGAUCCAAUAGAAGAGCAAACUCAAGAAUUAGAGGUCUUAGAAUCAAUAUAUCCCGAUGAAAUCAUCACCCAUAAUAAUGACCCAGUCACAAAAUUUUCAAUACUCGUUAAAUUAGAUACUAGCAGCACAUCUCGAACUCAUCAUUUAGUAUUAAAUGUAGAAUAUCCUCCUUUAUAUCCGGAAGAAUUACCUAUACUUGAAGUUGAAAUACCGAGUGGAAAUGAAUUAGCUGCUUUUCAUCAAGGGAAUGAGGAUGAAGAUGACUACGAUGAUGAAGAUUAUGGAUAUGAAAAUAGUGCUGAUGAAGACGGUGAAGACAAAGUCAUUGACUUUGCUGAAUCUAUUGAAUUGACAAAAGAUGACUUAAAUAUAUUGAAAGGAAAAUUAAUUGAGUUUGCUGAAGAACAAAUAGGCAUCCCUAUGAUAUUUGCCCUAGUAACACAACUUAAGGAAGACGCUGAAGGUAAGUGGGCUCAAAAAUUGGAACUUAAAAUUCGUGAACAUGACAAGAAACAACAAGAAUUGGAAGAAAUUGAACAACGAAAAUUCCAAGGAACAAAGUUAACUAAGGAAAAUUUUGCUAGUUGGAGAGAGUCAUUCCGUAAAGAAAUGAAGAUUGAUGAAAGACUUCAAGACAGAUUCACGAAGAUGCAUAAUGGUAAAUUAAGUGGUAAACAAAUUUUUGAAAGUGGUUUAGCUAAAGAGGGUGAUGAAGAUGACAUUGAAGGGGUUACUGAGGGUGUGUCACAAUUGCAAUCAUGA